AGUGGUGGUAGUGGGUGGUGGUGGUAGUGUGGUGGCGGCGGUGGAUACGUUGCACAAAUCGCCGGUCGCGUCAACGGAGCUAGGAAUUAUUUUUGUUUGUCGUCAGCCUCCGCGUGCUCAGUUUUCAUCAUGUUGCAGUCGAUAUUCGAUGAUGUGCGGCGCAUGAACAAGCGCCAGUUUCUGUAUCAAGUGUUGAGCUUCGGCAUGAUAGUCUCAUCGGCACUGAUGAUAUGGAAGGGUCUGAUGGUCAUCACCGGCAGCGAGAGUCCAAUCGUGGUCGUAUUGAGCGGUAGUAUGGAACCAGCGUUUCAUAGAGGCGAUCUCCUCUUUCUCACCAAUUAUCAGGAUGAGCCAGUGAGAGUGGGUGAGAUUGUAGUUUUCAAAGUUGAAGGCAGAGACAUACCUAUUGUGCAUAGAGUACUUAAACUUCAUGAAAAGGGUGACCAAAAUAAUACGGUCAAGUUCCUCACGAAAGGUGACAACAAUUCUGUGGACGAUCGAGGUCUGUACGCACCUGGUCAGCUGUGGUUGACGCACAAGGAUGUAGUUGGCCGAGCGAGAGGCUUCCUACCAUACGUCGGCAUGGUCACUAUAUAUAUGAACGAAUAUCCUAAAUUUAAGUAUGCAGUAUUAGCAUGUCUUGGAUUGUACGUUUUGGUACACAGAGAAUAAAGCUACUUGAUAAGUUUAAACGAUAUGUUGCGAUAAAUUGAACUAUUUCUAAAGAAAUGCGCGGUUUAUUUAUCUAGAUAUAAACGAAUACACAAAGCUAUAUAUAACACAAUAGAUUCAUACGUACAUUGCCAAAUUUAUACUUUAUAAGAAAUAUUGAAAUGUUCCAGCCAGUGUUUGUUCCCUUGUAUAUAUAUUAACGUAUUUGAAUUCAAUAGUUUAAAUCUAAAAUUGAAUUAAAAAGUUUGCUAUAAUUAUCGCAAAUACAUAUUUAUACUUACUGAAUAUUUUGUCUUAAGCUUCAUGAAAUAUACAUACGAUAUGCGAGAUGAAUACUCUAUAAUAAAGAAUCAUCGUUAAUAAAAAACAAGAGAUACAACAUUCUCAAAGGGCUGUACUGAAACACGCAUGUAAUGGUUUGAUUAUAGCGAUAAUUGUGAAAAGCAUUAUCCAUAACUGUAAACUACUUGCUAAUGUCUAAAAGACAUCACAAAAGUUAAAAAACUAAAUAUUAAAAAAAAUAUUCUUAUGUUUGUUUCUCUGGUUAUCAUACAUUUAUAAAAGUGACGUCAUUUUCAUAUUAUUACAGUAAUGAUGACAGUACAUGACACAAUAAAUUUUUAUAGCGUGCAUAAUAUUUAUAUAUGUUAGAUAAACCAUCGUUAGUUUUUUUGUUCUUGAAAAUAGCAGCAGUAUCAUACAUGUAAAAUUAAAAAGAAAUUUUUUUGUAAUUAAUAUGGUACAGUGUAAUCACUUUCAUCUUUAUUUGUGAAAUAAAUUUGUAAUGUUUAGA